AUGGCUAAACGAAUAAUUGGGCUAUCGCCUCCGUCUCCGUUCGCGUUCGAAGGAAAUCUUGCUGAAUCGUGGAAGCAAUGGCAAAAGGCCUUGGACUUUUACCUAACAGCUACGGAAUCGGAUUCAAAAUCUGACAAGGUAAAAACUUCAAUUCUCUUGACGUGUAUAGGCGAAAAAGGGCGCGAAAUUUAUGACACUUUUGAGUUUGAAAAUGCUGGCGACAAAUUGAAACUAAAACCUGUUCUCAAGAAAUUUGAAGAGUAUUGCAAUCCUCGUAGCAACACUACCUUUGAGAGACACAAGUCUUUUACAUACCGCCAGGAAGAAGGACAAACUUUUACUAGCUUUGUGACAGAACUGAAGAAACGCAGUGCAGCGUGUGAAUUCGAUACUUUGAAAGACUCGCUUAUUAAAGACAUGAUCAUUUGUGGUAUCUCUGACAAUGCCCUUCGUGAGAGAAUGCUUCGUGAGCCUAACAUCAAUCUACAAAAGCAGUCGAGCUUGGUCAAGCCUCCGAGCAAACCAAACUACAUGCUCAGCAACUUACUGAAGACAUGGAAAAGAAAAUCCACAAAGUACACAGGCAAAAGCGAGAGAAGGAAAGGCGAGACAAAAACCGAGAUAGGUUUAAAUCUCAUUCUCCAGAAAGAGAUAAUUUAAUAAAGAACUGCAAAUUUUGUGCAGGUCGACACCAACGUGGAAAAUGCCCGGCGUAUGGUCAAAAGUGCAACAAGUGCCAACGUAGAAAUCACUUUGCCAGGUGCUGUAAACAAACAGUGCAUCAAGUCGAUGACUCUCAAGAUCGUGCCUCCUUUGAAUCCUCUUCAGAAAGUGAUUUUGUUAUCGAAAGCCUCGUUGCAACUGAAUCUGAAGCAGCCUCUGAGGUUCAACAAGCACUUAAAAUUGAUCCUCUCAAUAGCGACACCUCUGCGGGACACUGGUCUGUCACUCUUAAUGCAGGCAGCCAAGACAUUCCCUUCAAAAUCGACACAGGGGCCCAAGUGAACGUGUUACCCAAGAAACUCUACAACAAGUUAAACCCUCGCCCACGAAUCAAACAAACAUCAACCAAGUUGUCCGCCUACAAUGGGUCCUCCAUCCCUGUACAUGGAAAAUGUAUUGUCCCUAUUCAGUAUAAAGGACAAAAACACCACCUUCUCUUUAUCGUCGUAGCUUCACAGACCACACCCAUCCUAGGUUUGGCCACUUCAGAGCGACUCAAUUUAAUCAAGCGGGUCUACAAAAUAACUGAUACUAACAUUGAGGAAGCUUAUAGCUCCAAUAUAUCUGAAGAGUACGCUGACUGUUUUGGAGAGAUUGGCACACUCAAGUCCACCUAUCACAUGACCUUGAAAGAUGAUGUCCGUCCAGUAGUGGUACCUCCUCGAAAAGUACCGUUUGCUCUUAAAGAUCGACUGAAGAAGGAAUUAGACCGCAUGGAGAGCAUGGGUAUAAUUGAAAAAGUCGAAAAAUCCACAGACUGG